AUGGCCAUUUCGGCCAAGAUACCCGAGCAUGCGCCACCCGUCCCAGACCCACCUCGCGCUCCACCACCAGAACCGGCUGCUCCACCGCCCGCCUCUAAUCCGGCACCAACUUCGUUCACCGCUCAUGGACCAACCCCACCGCUUUCAAGCCAACCUUCGACUACUACCCUCCGGUCUCUCUUCGGCUCACGUCCAGCCAACUCAACCACUCCCGCCUCACAGUCCUCGCAGCCGUCUUCGUCUUCGCCAUCGUACUCAGCGACACCCAAUCUCGCAAGCCCGAAUAUCUUCAUGAACAUGGCGCAGAGUCGGAAGGAGCAAAUUGGCGAGGGGCAGAACUUGCCUGCCGGAAUGUCGAAGACAUUCUACCCCGCUCAAAAGGCUCAGCAGGAGGCUGAGGUCGGUGCCAGACCUAAGCCUCGCAAAGCAAAUGUGAAGCGUAAGCGCGAUGAUGACGAUCCACAUGACUCGACCGUAGCUCCUGCCACUCGCAAGGAGUCGAAGUCUGCAAAGACCGCGAAGUCGACACCUUCAGUCCCGGACACCUCGUUCACCGUCGCUCUCCUUCCCAAUACAGUCAGGGCAAAUGCUGGCCGUUAUCGUGUGAUGUCUGUCAGCCAGUUGUCGCAACUUGACCUUGUUGGUCUCAUCGGGAACGUCAGUCUCCCCACCACUGCAACUCCGUUUGAGAUUAAGGUCGCCAUCAGCGGCUUGUUCCUCCAUGUUCCAGCCUUCGUUACCGUCGUCAACGAGCUCCUGUCCCCUACUGCUCAUCAGUCUCCUGCUCCGCCCUUUCCCCAAAACCCUUGGAACCUUCUCACCGGACAGAAUCGCGGACAGGGAGACAGGAAGGGCACCGUUCUUAUUCCUUUCCCAUCGUCGAUGGUCAUAGACUUUGCUCGGUUGUUAAGGGCUACUGGACUUACAAAGCCACGGAACGCCGCCACCAUCUGGAAGAACGUGAUAUAUAUCUGCUUACCUGAGGGUACCGCCAAUAUCCCUUUCACCUUCGACUCUUCCUCCGACGAGGACUCGUCCGGUGCCGAAGAAGCGGAAAGUGAUGACGACGUACCUCAGACCAAUAAGAAAGAAGAAGCACCCAAGGUGUCGCCACACACUCCCGCCUCCUCAUCGUCUUCAACCGCGAUGCCUUCUACGUCUACGGUCCCUCCGUCACGGACAACAUCUUAUUCUUCCUCACUUCCGCAGAAGCAGAAGGAUGACGACAAUCCGUAUUCCACACCCUCGAGAGUGAACGGCGCAGGAUCGUUUUUCACUCCCUUCCCUGGGCCUUAUGCUGAACCAGAUCAAUGGAUCGGUGGUACUCCAAGGAUCAUGCACGAUCUCAUGCGUGCUGUCACCAACGUCCAUCAACCUGCUAAGCCUUCGUCCAUGUGGCCUCUCGUCCCGGCGGAUCUCUACAUGGACGGUUAUAAGGCCAAGAGUAGCGUGCAGAUCCUGUACGAUCUCUUCUGUAAGAACCCGGAAGGCAUUACGGCGGAUAUCGUCUGGGCAUCCGUCACUGACUUCUUCAACAACAUCUCGUUCUUCAACUCCAUGCUGGACGACCCAGAUGCCUCUACCAUGAUCAAGUUUGGUCCUAAGGGACUAGGCUUCAUCAUCGAUGGCCUGUGCAUUGCUUACAGAUUACUCCCUUCAAUUAGCUUUCAGUUCCCUCGCCCAUCGCAGGAUGAACUCAUCGUACUCACCGGUAAUCUGUACAAGCUUAUCGUUAAGUUUAAGGAGGACUCCGACACUCCUGGCCCAGAUAUGUAUUCGCCUGACGGAUUCCGCGACUUCAUUAGCUCCGUUGUUCGUCUGGAUAAGUCCACUUCGCAAUGCUUCGCAAUCGCUACCCAGAACAAUUGGGAUCAUCUCUGUGCCUCUUCGUUCGUCUUGAAACAAGACUCGCCUGGGGCCCUACUUCAGGCACUGGAUGCCGACUUCGGCUCAGCCUCUGAUCACUCGCAGAUGAAAUCAGACAAUAUGCGUCUAGGGAAAUGGGGGUUGGCGAAGUUUAUCGAUGCGUUGCUUAUACCAUUCCUGGAUCACUACGAGAUGGACGAUGACAGCUACUACGCUAUAUUUUCCAUACUUCAGACGUUCUGUAGGGAGGCGUCCAAGUAUAUUGAAUCUUGUCGGAAAUCCAAGUGGAAGGGGAAACCUACUCCGGCAAGGAAUGAUGUCCCAAGUACUGGUGAUGCAGAGGAAAAUCAAUCGGAAAUCAACAGCCGCCGUAGUACUCGUGCAAGUACUGCGACCAAAGCCAGCGCUGAGACGACUGGAGGUACUGGGGAGUUUGCUGAUGUUCAAAGCAACGGUGGUGGGGAUGACGGUGAACCAGUGCAGGAGGAGGGUACUGCUCGUGGUAAGAGUAGUCGUGGUCGUCGUGGUCGUCGUGGUCGUGGAGGGAGAGGUGGGAGGGGAAAGCGUAGGGGUUCUGCUGGGACGAACACGGAUGCGCGAUCUCUUAGCCCUGCACCAUCGUCUAAACCCAAUAAUUCCUCUGAUGCAUAUGUGCCUUCUUCGACCUCGUCAGGAUCCGAUAUUUCGGACGGUGAGUACGCCGAGACGAUUAGACAGUUCCUGCAGGAGAAGUAUGGGACUCGUACGUUCUGCUCUGGAGGCUCUCAUAGACGACAACCUACGCCACGACAAUCUACGCCACUCGAAGAACCCACUUCGAACCGUCCUCCACCAUCCUAUUCAUCGACAUUCCCCCGCACUCAACCGCGACCUCGUCCUACCCCGCAAGCACGACCUCGUCAAUCUGCCUGGGGAUCGUCUUCUACUCCCAAUGAGUACAUAUACGUCUCUAGCGAUGAUGAACGUACACGCCCAUAUCCUGCGUCGACUACUAACACCUCAACGACUGGUACCUCCGGUUCUGUACCUACUCCGUCUCACUCCAAUCCACCUCUCUCGACCACCGCUGGCGCCUCUACAACUACGACUUCAACCGCACAGCCCUCUACCUCUACUUUCGUACUAUCAGCAUCUACGAUGAUCUCAUAUCGCCGAUUCAUUGAUGCAACAUCGGAGCGUGUCUCACCGUCGAGACGAAGCUCAGCUCGUCGUAUCCCUUGGCAUGAAUUCCGCUCUGAUCUACUUCGACGAGUUCCACACCCUGACCCUGCUAGACGCAUUCAACUCUCGACGAUUGUCCAGGCUUCUGUCACAUCCCAGCGCCGUCUUCUUGCACGUGUAUAUCACCCAGAUAAGAACAUGCAGUACGGAAACGAGUGGGCCAGCUUAUGUCAAAGUAUCAUGGCUUUAAUCAACACUGUGCAAAAUUGA